GAAAAGAAGAAGACGAGGAAGAAAAUGUCGAGAGAAAGGGAAGAGAAGCCAUCUCCAACCAAGAAAAGAAAGUAAUCAGGAGAGAGAGAGAGAGAGAGAGAGAGAGAGAGAGAGAGAUGAUGCCUCCGAAAGCUCUCAUCCUCCUCAUGCUUGUAGCUGGCAUAAUUUUUCUCGCAUUCUGUCUCUCUCACCGGGAUGAAAAUGAGGUGGAAAUGGUGCCGGAAAUUACUCAUAGAGUCUUCUUAGAUGUUGAUAUAGAUGGACAGCAUGCAGGUAGAAUUGUUAUUGGAUUGUACGGCCAGGUGGUACCAAAAACAGUCGACAAUUUUAGGGCUCUUUGCACAGGUGAAAUGGGCAAGGGUGUCAGUGGAAAAAGUCUACACUAUAAAGGGACACCGUUUCAUCGUAUAAUUUCUGGGUUCGUGAUCCAAGGUGGAGAUACUGUUCAUGGGGAUGGGAGGGGAAGUGAAUCCAUUUAUGGUGGCACCUUUCCUGAUGAGAAUUUCAAGAUAAAACACUCACAUGCAGGGACUGUUUCCAUGGUAAACUCAGGACCCAACUCCAAUGGAUCGCAGUUUUUCAUAACCACUGUCAAGGCUAGCUGGCUGGAUAGGGAGCAUGUCGUCUUCGGCAAGGUCAUUCAAGGCAUGGACACUGUCUAUGCAAUAGAGGGAGGAGCCGGGACCUACAACGGAAAGCCCAGGAAAAAGGUCAUCAUCUUCGACUCAGGUGAGAUACCCAUGAACAAAUGGGAUGAAGAGAGCUGAUUGCAUUGCCAACGACCUCUCCGGAAUGCCAAAUACUGUUGCGACUGAGUAGAACCAAGGUGGAUGAGAUAGAUGAUCACGGUUUCCAUUAUUUUGUAUCAAUGCCCAAUGAGAUUAAUUUAAGUCGAAUGCAGUGUUUGGGAUGAUUCUUGCUUGGGGCUUCGUUGAAAAAGAAAAACUCCGAUCCAACGGUUUUUUCAUCCCUCGGCUGUUGUAAGAUAUCUGUUCUAAUGUUACUUGAAUAUUUAUGCUGUGUUGGUUUUAA